GGACCAUUUGGAUGUUAUACUUAACAGCUGCUAAGGUGACUUUUCAAAAGAUCGCUCUUAAUUCUUAAUCUAAUCAAAGACUGUUGAUUGUCACUUUCACCCAAUCAAAACUCAAUGGUUUCUUUAAAGGUGGGAUCCCUCCUGAAGCCAAGGGCAUUUCGUGAUUUUUUCAACAUGCAAUAACAAACGGCUAAGAAAAAAAAAAAACCUGGCAUUUUCUCGUGAACAAGAAGCGCCAGGAGCGUUGCUGUUGUUGUUGCUGUUGUUGUUGCUGUGACCUUGUCAGUUCACAUUCAACGCCACCUUCUUUACCCGCUCUCUUUUUAUCUAUAAACUUUGAAACCCUUUUUUAUAAAUCUAAAGAACUGUUAUUUUACAGUGUGAAAAAAGCGUUUGCAUGAUCAGUCAUUUUUUUAGAGAAAAAGAAAAAUGGGGUUAGAGGCAGAUUGUGAAACAACUCCUACACCAAAACUGUCUCUUUAUUCAUUUCCUUGUAAGGCAAAAGAGCCGUCUGGCAUGAUAACACCGCCGAUCUAUACCUCAGUUUCGAUUCCAUUCCAGUGGGAGGAAGCACCUGGCAAGCCUAGGCCAUGUCCUACUAGUGAUACUGAUACAACCAGUCAAUCCAAGCCAAACGCUGUAAGAUGCUUGGAAUUGCCUCCAAAGCUGUUAGCUGAGGCUAAGGUUGCUAGCUUGUCAUCUCCAACUACUGUCUUGGAGGGGCCUGAUGCCGGUCGGUUUGUGUCUUACACCUUGUCGUUUCGAAAAGGCGGAUCUUUUAGGAGCCCAGACAACAAGAGGGCGAUUAAGGGGAAAGUUACGUUUGGAUCGGGUAGGUGGGGGAGCUUUAGAAAGGCUGGACGAGUUGUUCAGGGAAGUUUUGACUUUUCAACUCCGGUUGUUGAGGGUGAAGAUGCUGGCGGUGCGCAGGUGAAGAUCACAAGGGUUAGGAGGAAAGGGAGCUUAUUGAGCCUCUCUCGAGCUAGGUCACAUGUCUUGGCUAGCAUUUAUGAAAGCUUUAAGCAAGUGGUCCCAUGGAGACGUGGGCAGGAGAAAAUGAAGAAAAAGGACUCCUGAACGAAUUGCCACCGCCUCAUCUGUGAGAAGAGAUCAGUUUUAACUUUUAUAUAGGAAUAAAAUGGAAAAUAUUUAAUUGUUCUCUUUCAAGUAAUAAGGAAUAAUUUAGAGCCCUAAGCUUCACACCCUGUGUGAGGAUCUGAUGGUUCAUUUGGCAUUGAGCCAUGGACCAUUGGAUGUAGCUAGGUUUCACAAUCUGUUCCUCAUAAAUGAGAUAGAAAUUGUAGUCUCAAUUCUCAACCAUCUGAUAUAUAUAAUGUUGAUCAAGCCAGUGUCUCAAGGCAAAUCUCUAAGGAUUUUCAUGUAUAUAAAAUUUUGAGAGUACUAAUUGAUUAUGGAUUCUAUGUAUUGUAUAUAUCCCCAGAA